AUGGAUUCUAGUAUCGCCGACAGUCGAUUGCCACCUCGACCAACGACCAAUGCUGAAGCAGAAAAUGCUGCGCUCGCUACUCAAAUCCUUGAGACAGGGACCGAGGAAAAGCAGGGCGCCACUGAGGCUGUAGAGAAAGAUGGAGAGAGCUCCACGAAAGCAAAGAAAGUACCGCAGGCAGGUCUGAAGAACUACUUCCGAGUCUUCUCGUACGGAUCCAAGUUGGACUUCUGGCUCAUGUUUCUGUGCUGUGUCACAUCAAUAGCCUCGGGCGUCACGUUUCCACUGAUGAAUGUUGUCUUCGGUCAACUGGUCGGUUCUUUUACCAACUACUUUAUUCCUGGGACUACUAUGACAGCUGGCGAAUUUCAAGCGGAGAUCAACAGACUUACACUGUUUCUCCUCUACCUCUUCAUCGCGAAGUUCGUGUUGUCAUACAUAGCAAUGCUCACUAUCCGAAUCAGUGGUCUUCGAAUCUCUGCUGCACUUCGCCUAGCUUACCUACGAGCCUUGUUUGCACAACCCGUCAGUGUGAUAGACACUAUAAGCCCCGGCAAAGUUUCCACGCGAAUUACCACUUCCUCCAACACAGUUCAACUGGCCAUAUCGCAGCAUUUCGCUAUGCUCUUCCAAUCUCUCGCAUUCGUCAUCGGAGCUUAUGUGGUAGCUUUCGUUAAAGGCCCGCUGCUUACUGUAGUCGCCUCUGCUUCGUUGCCGUUCAUCCUCAUCAUUUCGGGUGCCCUAGUACCACCUUUUAUCCGGAUACACAAGGUCACUGAGAAGCAUCAUGAAGAUGCUUCGGCUAUGGCUUUCGAGAUGUUCUCGUCAGUUCGCAUUGUUGCUGCCUUCGGAGCAGAGGCGAAACUGGCAAGGCAGCAUGAAAGUUUGCUAGACAAAGCUGCUAAGAAUGAGCGUAGAGCUGCGCCUUUGAUGGGUCUCAUGAUGUCGCCUUUGAUGGUUGGACAGUACGGCACUUUCGCUAUCGCCUUUUGGUUUGGCAUCAAGCAGUACUCAGAGGGCAAGAGUAGCGACAUCGGGGUCAUAGUUGUGGUCCUAUUUUCUGUCAUGAUGGCGAUCAUGAAUAUCAGCAGGGUUGUCAGCCCCAUCAUCGCUAUCGCGAAGGCAUCAUCUGCGGCUACCGAACUGUUCAUCACAAUCGAUGCCCCCAUCCCUAAUACUGCUGGAGUAAAGGAGCCUGACAUAUCGGCAAACUCAAACAUUAUUUUCGAUAAUGUUGCCUUUUCGUAUCCAAGCCGACCAAAUGUUCAGAUCCUUGGGGGCCUUGAUCUUGAGUUUGAGGCCGGUAAAGUCACCGCUAUUGUCGGCCCGUCUGGAAGUGGUAAGUCUACUAUUGUAGGACUGGUACAGAGAUGGUACGACCUAUCAGGCACGACAGCCACGGUUCCAUCUGAUGCAGACCAAGACCACUUGUCGCCCCCCAACGACGCAUCUAAAGCUAAGGACGGUGGCUCUAAGAAGUCUAGCUGGUUUAAGAAACGAGCUGAACCGAAGACCGAAGACAAACAAGCAUCCACAGAAGCAGUCGAACAUGACAAGAGCAAAGACGAUGAGCCUGAGCUGGGUCCAAACACUUGCACUGGUAACAUCAGGACUGGAAAUACCAAUCUACUGGAUGUCGACCUAAAAUGGUGGCGCUCUCAGAUUGGCCUGGUCCAGCAAGAGCCCUUCCUCUUCAACGAUACUCUAUACAACAACGUGGCAUUCGGUCUGACAGGCACCCAAUACGAAGACCUGCCAAAAGAAGACAAGAUGAAAAUGGUAGAAAACGCAUGUCGCGAAGCCUAUGCUGAAGAGUUUGUCGCCAAACUACCAGAAGGCUAUGAGACAUUGGUGGGAGAGAGCGGUAUCAAGCUGUCUGGCGGUCAACGACAACGGGUUGCCAUCGCGCGAAGUAUCAUCAAACAGCCGGCUAUACUUAUUUUAGACGAGGCGACUAGUGCUAUAGAUGUACGGACAGAACGUAUCGUUCAACAAGCUCUCGAUCGCGUAUCGAAGAAUCGAACAACUAUCGUCAUCGCGCAUCGCCUCUCCACCAUCAGAAGAGCGGACAAGAUCGUCGUCUUACGUCGAGGCCAGCUUGUGGAGCAAGGCACCCACGAAGAGCUGUUGAAGAUAGAAGCGGGUGUCUAUUACGGCUUAGUUCAUGCACAAGAAAUCACAAUGGAGGCUGAACAGGACGCUGAUGUCGAUGCACUCGAGAAGGUAAAAAGCACAGAUACCACCAUCAUCGAGGAGCACAAACACAGCAAUCAGAUAUCUGAAGCGGCAGCAGAUCCGGAAUACAAACAACAAGGUCUUCUCGGUAGCUUUGGACGUCUUCUCUACGAGCAACGCCACCAUUGGAUAUUAUACACCGUCGCUGUUCUCGGUAUUUUGGCUAGCGGUGCUGUCUACCCACUGCAAGCCUACAUCUUUGCAAGUGUUGUCAACGUCUUCACCCUUCCAGUGGAUGAGCUCGUUAGUCAGGGUAACUUCUGGGCCGGCAUGUUCGGUGUGCUAGCUGCAAGUACUUUUCUCUCCUACUUCUUCAUGGGAUCGGCUUGUCAUCUCAUCGCUGUCAUGGUGACGAAGCAGUAUCGACAAGAGUAUCUUGAUAACCUCAUACGCAAACGCAUUGCGUUUUUUGACGACCAAGGACAUAGCCCCGGAUCUCUGACAGCGAGGCUAAGUUCGGACUCGACACAGAUCCAGCAGCUGAUGGCGACCGAAAUGUCCUUGGCGGGCAUUGCCAUUGUCAACGUUGUUGGCUGCGUUAUCAUCUCUUUCGUAUACGGUUGGAAGCUCUCACUGGUUGGUCUUUUUGCCGCACUGCCAUUAAUUCUGGCUGCUGGGUAUCUUCGCGUGCGUCUAGAGCUUGAAUUCGAUAAGACCAAUGCAAAGGUCUUUGAGAAUAGCAGUCAAUUCGCGGCUGAAGCUGUCGGUGCAUUCCGCACCGUAUCUAGUCUGAUCAUGGAAGACAUGAUCGGUCACCGCUACGAGACGUUGCUCAAGGGCCACGUUGCGUCGGCCUUCUCGAGUGCAAAGUAUGGUACCCUGAUUUUCGCGGCGAGUGACAGUAUUGAGCUUGCUUGUAUGGCUCUUACCUUCUGGUAUGGCGGUACCCUCUUGGCCUCCCGCGAGUACGACACCGUCGAUUUCUUCGUCAUCUACCAAGCUAUUGUUCAAGGUGCCAUCGCAGCAGGUCAAUUCUUUUCCUUCGCCCCAAACAUGGCGCAAGCGACCGGUGCUGCUAACCGUAUCAUCAGUAUGCGUCCACAGAAGAACGCUUCGCCGCCAUCGUACCCACCACUGAGUAAACCAGAAGAAGGGGUGGGAAUCGAGUUUCGAAACGUGUACUUCACCUACAAAAGUCGAGAGGUGCCUGUAUUGUCAAACCUCAGCCUGCAAGUCCAGCCUGGCCAGUUCAUCGCACUGGUAGGUGCAUCCGGUUGCGGCAAAUCAACCACCAUCUCCCUCCUUGAGCGCUUCUACGACGCAUCAUCCGGUCAGAUUCUCUACAAUGGACAAGACAUCACUUCCCUUGACCCCUCAGAGUACCGCAAACAGAUCAGUCUCGUCAGUCAAGAACCCACACUCUACGAAGGCACAAUCCGAGAAAAUGUCGCCUUGUCUGUUGAUACCGCCACGGAUGAAGAUAUUGAGCAAGCGUGUCGCGACGCUCAAAUCCACGACUUCAUCACGUCCUUGCCGGAUGGAUACGCACAGCGUCUCGGACCAAGAGGCAUGUCUCUAUCUGGUGGUCAAAAACAACGUCUUAGUCUUGCUCGAGCUUUGCUACGGAAACCAAAACUACUUUUGCUAGACGAAGCAACGUCGUCUCUGGACUCCGAAUCCGAGAAACUGGUUCAAGAGGCGAUUGAACGCGCCGCUGGCGAUGGUGGACGAACUGUGAUUGCUGUCGCUCAUCGACUUGCUACUAUCCAGAAGGCGGAUAUUAUCUUCGUGUUGGGUAGUGGAAAGGUGUUGGAGAGGGGUGAUCAUCAGGGACUGUUGAGGAAGAGGGGAGUCUAUUGGCAGAUGUGUCAGGCUCAAGCUCUAGACCGAUGA